AGAUUCCCCGUCAACAUGUUACCUCUACUUUGCUUGGCCCUGGUGCUAAGCACGCUGGUUCCCUCGUUCGGGUUGCCAAACGGUGCGCCAACAUCGGUUUGUGACACUAUGCUACCAUUCCAUGGGGGAGGCAUUCCACCACUUACUACCAAGACACCGUUUCUCAUCACCCCUCAAUCGUCGGUGAUCGGUAGCGGGCAGACGCUCAAGAUCGAUAUCGAAUCGUUCCCGGCCAAUAUAGUGUUCAAGGGCUACAUGAUCCAGGCCCGUGCUGCGGAUCCACCUAACAACAUAGUCGGCCAAUUUGUGAACACGGAUACUGCCGCGAUCAAGCUGAUCGACUGCCAGGCUGAAGGAGAUACGGCAACACAUACCUCUACCAGCCCGAAACAGGAGUUGACGCUCGAGUGGGUCGCUCCGGACAAUUUCGUUGGUGAUGUGGUUUUUAAUGCGACGAUUGCACAGGAUUACGAUAAGUUCUGGGUUGGCAUACCCUCGGAGCGGGUGCGUGUGGUGGCUAGCUCAACAACGGUAGCGCCCGGAACGGCAUCAACCAAGCGUAUUACGACGACCACAACCGUACCACCCUAUCGGCCAGCACAAACCGCAGCACCAGUAGCAGCGGAUCCGAUCUACGAUGCGUGCGGGCAGAGUAAGGGUUGCUUCGGAUUCCCCGAGGGAUGCAUCGAUAGCAAGAACUGCCGUGCGGUGGCUACAAUCGCGGUAUUGGGAGCCCGAUACGUUUUUGAAAUGAAAGCAGGUUACAAUAGCCCAGCCUACGUUGCCCUUGGACUGUCUAAUGACGCCAAGAUGGGUGAAGAUUCCGUGAUCGAGUGCGUACCUGAACAGGGUACGGUUAAUGCUUAUGCCUCGUGGACAACAGUCGGACCAUACGGAUCUACACGUUUGGGUGUUCCACAAAACAUCUUCCAAGUAUUGGAAAAGUCUUACAAUGAAGGGGUGAUUUACUGCAAGGUGGAACGCGAUGCCGUCAGCAUGGUAAAGGGCAAGAAGUUUGAUCUUGUGAAUGACAAGUUCCAUCUGCUGAUAGCGGCCGGAUCAUCGGUGGAAUCGACGAAUCUUAACUAUCACGAUAUCGGCCGUCACGUGUCCGGCAGCCCACAAUCUUUGGCCGAAGUUGGACCGGUUCAGGGAUCUUCGAAGUUGCUGCUCCGUCUACACGGUGCCUUCAUGAUCACAGCGUGGAUCGGUACGGCUUCGCUCGGUAUUCUCAUCGCACGCUACUUCCGCCAGACGUGGGUUGGAAGUCAGAUGUGUGGCAAAGAUCAGUGGUUUGCAUGGCAUCGUUUCUUGAUGGUAGUGACGUGGGCACUCACAGUGGCUGGUAUUGUGGUAAUCUUCGUAGAGAUCGGUGGCUGGUCGCAGGUGCGUAACCCUCACGCCAUUCUGGGUAUAGUGACGACGGUCCUUUGCUUCCUGCAACCCAUCGGUGCCUUCUUCCGGCCACAUCCUGGUUCGAGCAAGCGGCCCAUCUUUAACUGGCUCCACUGGCUCGGUGGUAAUUUGGCGCACGUGAUCGCGAUCGUUGCCAUCUUCUUCGCUGUCCAGCUGCAGAAGGCCGAACUGCCCGAAUGGAUGGACUUCAUCCUUGUCGCUUUUGUCGCAUUCCACGUGUUCAUGCAUCUGAUCUUCUCCAUCUUCUCCUGGAUACAGAUCGGUGGCUGCGUAAGCGAGCGAAGAAGUGGCCAGCGUGUGACGUCCUUCCCAAUGGCCGAUAUGACGCCGUCGCGAAAUUCCAUGAGCUCCAGCGAACGAAAACAGGAUGCUGCAUUUUCGGGUUUCCGUAAGUCUAUGCUGUUCCUGUACAUUCUGAUUGUGCUCGGUCUGGUCAUCGCGAUGGUAGUGAUUGUCGUCUUGGCGCCAAUCGAAGCCGCUUACAAUAGUAUCAAGGAGCAGAUUAUGAACUAA